CCCCCCCCCUGUCCCCGGCCCAUGCCCAGGAGCGCCCAAGUCGAAAGCCGAACCGACCCCCCCGCCAUGGAGAUGGCCACCCCCAGCCACAGCCAGCAAGACGCCCCUCCUCCCGUCCCUGCGCCGCCGGUGGCCAAGAUGAAGGCCUCGGACCUGGGUACCCACCGCCUGAUCCAACGCGUGCUGCAGGUGACGGCCGACCUGGGGGACCCUCAGGGGGGCGGCCUCGUCCACGUGGCCCUUCCCACGGAGGUGGAGGCAGAGGGGGGCGUCGCCCUCUUUACCCUGGCCUCGGUCUCGGAAGUCAUUUGCACCCGGUUGAGCGCCCAUUCGGAUGGGGUGGGAGGGGAAGGCUCGGGGGCGUCACUGGGGGGGUUUAUGUACCUGGCUGCGAGCUACGCGCGUCUGGAGGAGGAGAGCCGCUCCCGGCGGCCGGGGGUGACGGAGGAAGCCUUGAAAGAGGUGCGGGAAGAGGUGCUGAAUUUCAGCGUCACAGCCGUUUCGGAGCCGGACGUGUUCGGCCUUUCCUCCGAGGAGGUGAAGGCGCAGCUGGUGCGCGGCCUGGUGACCAUGGCCCAAGACCCCGCCGCCCUCGUCCUGCCCCUCCCCUUCCUCAGGCAGGUGCUGGCACGCAUGGAGGAGGCGGAGAUUCCGCGUGUCUUUGCCCCCGUCCUCUCCGACCUCCUGAUUCCCCUCACCCGCGCCGCCCGCCUCAGCGACCCGGGCGCCGGGCCCCACGCCCUUGCCCUUCUCCUCCUCCUCAAGCUCCACAAGGCCCUCCCCCUCGCCCUCGUCCAAGGGGUCGCCAACUUCCUCCUCCCCGCCGCCGGGGUGCCCAUGCCCGCCUACAACCCGCGCAUGCCCCUCCUGCAGGGGCCCGUCCGCCUCCAGCGAAACGGUCGCGCCCACGAAUCCUUCACCACCCUGGGGGUCCUUUUCCGCCUGGGCUUCCCCGCCACCGACCCGGAGGUCUACAACCAGUUCGAGAACUUGCAGCGGCGGAGCAAGGCGGAGGUGACGGGGAAAUUAAACGGCUUGCGGCAGCAAUUGAGGGCCCAUCAGGCCGCCCUGACAGACCUGGUGACCGCCCUCUUGAAAGCCGGAGGCCCCUGCCGGAGCCAGACGGUGCUCUGGAUCGCCCAGGCCCUGGCCCUGAACCUUGAGGCGGAGAAAAGUCGGCCGAACGAGGGGAUCAAGUCCUCGGACACCUUCCUCGUCAACGUGGGCGCAGUCCUCCUGGGGAUGGCGGGGAACUUUGUGGGGGAGGAGAAAAAGCGGGCGGGGAUCGACGACGGCUUCGUGCGGGACCUGGCAGGGAACGCAGGCGCCUACCCGGAGGACCUGACGCGGUUGAACCCCGGGCCCGAGGGAGAGGGGGCGAAGGAGGGAGGGGGCGGGGGUGAGUACAAUUUCUUGACGCAAUGUUUCUUCCUGACCGGGCGGGCGCUGCACCUGGGGCUCGUGGCUUGUGUGGGGAAACAUAUGUCCGAGGAGCGCUGGUUGGGGCACUUGCGGCGACAGAUGGAGGCAGGGGUGGAGGGGGCGGAGGAACGGUUUAAUAUGGUGCUGCAGCGCUACUUUGCACAGGAAAUUUCCCUUUUGGAGCCCGACCUCCUCGACAAGGCCAUGGUCUUCGUGGGCGGGGCCGCCGCCUGGUUCUCCUCCCAGGCUUUCGACGCCGCAGCCACGCCCGAUCUGGCCGCAGCCUUGGCCUUUUGCAGCCGAUGCCCGGAGCAUCUCUUGGAGGACCUCCUCGUCCUGGUCAAAUUCGUGGGACGGGCGCACCCGCAGAGCCUCCUGACGGCGCCGCUGGCGCCUUUUUUUGAUUUGUGCAUCCAGGCGUUGACCCGGCCCCAGCUCGUGCACUCCCCCCAUUUGCGCGCCAAAAUCGGCGAUUUGCUCUACUUGGUCUUCCUCCCCCCCGAGGAGCGGCUCGACCACUCGAGCACCUCCGCCGCCGCCACCCGAGGCCACAGCGUCUACACCUCCUUCCUCCUCAACAACCCCUUGGCCCAGGCAUCCCUCGCGCCCGCCCUCCUCCUCCUUUAUGGGGACGUGGAGCACACGGGCUUCUAUGACAAGCUCGAGCAUCGCUUCCACAUCGCUGCCGUCUUGAAGUUCCUCUGGAGAUCUCCCGAACACCGGCGGACCUUCCGAAGGAUCUCCUCCGACACCUCUCAAUUCACCUCCUUCGCCAACGGCUUGAUGAACGAAACCAACGCUCUGGUUGCCUCCGUGAUGGAGAAACUCCCCGAGAUCCGAUCCGUUCAGCUCCAGAUGAAAGACAGCCCGGCGUGGGCCGCCAUGCCGGAAGAGAGUCGGAACGAAAUCAUGGAGCGGCACAACGACAACGAGCGCAGUGUCUCGUCCUCCUUGCUCCUCUGCAACGAGACCAUCCACAUGCUCAUGUACCUGACCAGUGACGAGGCAGUCCGCAAGCCCUUCCUCGCUCCCGCCCUCUCCCCCCGCCUGGCCAACACCCUGCUUUCGAUCGUAGACAAGCUGGUGGGGACGAAAGGGUUGGAGAUCAAGGUGGAAAACCCCGACGCUUUGAAUUUCAAACCCAAGGAGAUGCUCCGGGAGGUGGCCCUGACCAUCCUCCAUUUCGCCGGGGAGCCUGCCUUCCACACCGCCCUCUCCGAGUCGGGCUACUACCACGAAGGGAUGCUUGGCAAAGUCCAGCAGACCAUGAAACGGGUGGGGGGCAUGAGCGAGACGCAGCUUGAGGCAUGCACGGCCCUGGAAACCGCCGUGGCCUCGGCGGCCGAAAAGGCAGAGGCGGAGGAUUUGGGCGUGGAGGUGCCGGACGAAUUUCUGGACCCCUUGCUCUGCACGUUGAUGAAAGACCCCGUGCGGCUGCCCACAUCCGGCUACGCGAUGGAACGGGCGGCGAUCGAACAACAUUUGUUGAACCAACCUACGGACCCGUUCAACCGUCAGCCGUUGAGUCUAACGGAUCUGGAGCCGUUACCAGAAUUGAAGGCGAAGAUUGAGACAUGGGUAGAGGAGCAGCGAUUGUCAAAAAGGAAAGAGAAGGAGGAGAAAGAGGCGCAUGGUGUUUGAGAUGAUAACAGGAUUGAGCCUAUACUUGGAGUCUGGGUGACGCGUUUCGCAGACGAGGAAGUAGGAGGGGCUGCUCUGGAGUAGACGGAUGAGAGGACUUGCGAUGGGCGAUUUCACGCACCAUGGCGACACGGCCUUCCCUCUAGAGUGACGAAGUACAUUGGAAAAAAAGAAGUAAGCAAGAUAGGGUAGCACGCCGG